AUGGGAAAUGCACGGUACAGCUAUUUGUCCCUUUUCUUAUCGGGCUGUGUCAUUUCCUCUCCCAUUUCCAUUGGUAACUAUUCCCCGAGCAGCAUCCAUUCGCUCUCUCCUACUGUUCUCCGUGUCGGUGCCGUGGUGAGCGGGGGGAGGAGCGCGUUGCCUGGAGAAUCGGAAAACGGCGGUACCAGCGGGGGGCCAGUCGCGCUGCAUGUGCCCCGCGCUGAACAAACUGCGGGAAAACGGACGCCGCGCGUCGUUCAGCAGAAAAAGAGAGCCGAUGGUCGUGAAUCAGGUCUUCAGCCGGGCAAGGGACAGAGACAGGAGAAUGUGGAACCAGAGAAAGGGAGCAAAACCUCGUCGCGUCAGAGGAGUGGCAAACGGCGACGCAACAGGUCAACUGAUCCGAAGCAACACUCGUCGGGCAAGAGACGGAGCAAGAAACGUCACGAGUCUCAACCACAGCGGGAUCCCACGAAGCGGGAGGUCAGGCAUGAUAAGGAAGAGAACGACGCAGCGACGAGGGAUGGACACGGACAAGGAGAUACACCGGUACCCGGGUGUGAGAGAGGGGCUGCAGAUUGCACCAAUGUCGAGGAGGAAAAGCUGAGUGAGACUCCAAUUCUUCCCGGUCUUCCCCUACAAAAGAAUCUAACUCACACGCUACCACCACAUAGAUACGACUUUGAACAGUACAAUAUUGAUCUGGCGCUCUACCGCGAAAUGAAAGAGAAAGCACGCGCAUAUGCGAGUGACGCCGACGUAGCAGAAUUUGAUGCAAUGUCGCCGGCAAAAUUGAGCUGGUUUCGACGGAUGUGGGAAUGCGUAAUGGUAUUUUUUGCAGGGUUCUCGCCACCCCCUGGUGAGCAACGAUAG